UUGAAGCACAAUUGAAGCAAUGGCAAAACGACGAGCACAGCUAAUAAAACUGCACACAUUAAAAUCCUGUCGUUCGAAGAAACCGCAUAAUGAUCAUUUAUUCAAAGUGCAAUCUAAGGAAUCUUCUUAUUCCUCAAAAGUGUUUUUUUAUAAAAUAUUAAAACAUUGCAUGCUUCAGAAAUGUAGAAAGACAUGAGAAAAAUAUAGUCUUACGAUACCUGGAAAAACAGAUAUAGAUAUUUGACAAAUGAUCAUUUAAAAUUCUCUCAAGUUAAAUUUCUCUCUAAAUAAUGAUGCUCUUAAACAAAUUUUAACAAUAAGCGGAAAAGAAGUUUCUUUAACAGCAUAAUAUUUAAUAAUUUGAAAGAUUCAACGUGCACUUUAUAUCCAGUAAUAAUACAAGCGCAAAACGUCACUAUAGAAUUAUGGAUUAUGUAAUUGUCGGGUUAAGACAGAAAUGCCCGAAAUAAAUGCAGCCACGAAAGCUAUAAUAUUGGCGACGACGACGCUUCAUUAUCGUGGUCGAAGAGUACGAAGUCACUUCCGUGAUUUAUUUUCGCGCAUCAAUCUCAGACGUUCUCGGCCUCUAGACAUUAGCAGAGACUUUAUUGAAGAUACUCAUUAUACUAUGCAUACAUAUUUAGUGUAAACCGACCGUAUAUAAUUAGCACAUUAUAUAAGUAAAAUAUAAUGAGCAUCGAUAUUUUGUGCUGUGCAUAAAAAAUUUAGACUCUUAAUUUGUAUUAUUUGAUGACCUGUAUUAAUAAAUCCGCAACUCGAAGAUAAUUAAUGAUUAUAAUAAUAUACACAAAAAUUAAUUAUUAUUAUAAUAUACAAAGAAAAUUAAUUAGAAAAAAUAACACUCUUUAUCUGCUAAGGUGACAAUGCAUAAAGUAACAUCGGAAAUAUACACAGAAAACAAUCACAUCUCCGAAAAACUCGAUAGCGGCAAUACGGUAACUCAAUUCACUUUUAAAUGUCCGUCAUACAUGAUCGACACGACAACGAACGAAACGUUAAAUUACGAUAGCGACGACGAUCUGGAUAUAGAGAGAGAUAGAGAAAGGACGAUUCAGAUAGAACAUAGCGUAUCCACGGAGCUCAAUUUGGUCGGUUUGCAAGUGUGGAGAGGUGCUUUCUUAUUAGCCGACUACAUCCUAUCGCAUCCGGACUUGUUUAAGGACCAAACGAUUCUGGAAUUAGGAUCCGGAGUUGGCCUGACUAGCAUUGUAGCGAGUUAUUUAGCUAAAGAAGUUAUUUGCACUGACAUCAAUGCGGGUGAUAUUUUGAAUCUAAUCGAGCGGAAUUUUCUAAGAAAUCAUCCGUACGUCAGAUCCGGUUAUCAUAUCGAGGAAGUGAAUUUCUUAAAUCUGAGGUGGUCGAACAAAUUGGAGGAAAAAUUACAGAGUGCAAAUAUCAUAUUGGCUGCGGAUGUGAUCUACGAUGAUAAGAUCACGGAUGGAUUUGUCCGCACAUUGUCGAAACUUCUAUACACGAAGAAGAAAAAGAUUAUUUAUAUCGCACUGGAAAAACGAUACGUCUUCACUAUCGCCGACUUGGACACUAUCGCUCCGAUGUACGAGGAAUUUUUACGUUGUGUCGAAAAGUACAAAAUGAAUUGGUCUGUAGAUUAUAUUAAUAUAGAUUUUCCACGUUACUUCAAAUACGAUAGAGUCAAACAUUUGGUUUUAAUGAAGAUACAAAACAAUAUAAAAUCUAUUGCAUGUGUAUAAUGAACAGCUUAUGUUCUUAAUAAGGUACGCGAGUAACACAAUAUAUAUAUGCGAUAUAACAUAUAUUAUAUAAAAUAUUCACGUCAGUAUUACAAGUAGAAAGACAGAGCUCAAAGUUGCCAGAUUAAAAAAUUAAGAUUUUUUCGUAUAGAUGUACGCUUAUAUCUAACGAAAUAUAUAGCAUCACAAUUAAUGUAAGUUGUAAAAAGUAAUUGCCUACUUAAAACAAGUCACUUCUCGGGUAUUAUUUUCGCCGACACAUGUACAUGAAAUAAUUAAACGAUAAAAAUUUUGCGCGAUCUCUAAACAAGAUUUAACUUAAGUUAGGAUGUUACAUCUAGAAAUUCCUUCUCUUUAAUCCUUGGAUUAGAAACGGUAAUCUAAGAAUUAAUAAGAAGAAAAUACUCAGAUUGUUCGUGAAAAUGACAGCUAUGUGAUAUAGAUUUCUCACGUCCACAAUUUUAUUUCAUCGUUUACUUUCCUAUUUACAACCUAUUAUAUAUAAUAUUAUUGGACAGUGAAUUGAAAGUCGAUCGAAGAGAACGAUAAUUCCGUUAAGCUUAAAAAUGCCCCGGCAUUUGAUCGGCGGCGUAUGUUCUAGGAAUAAAAAAAUUUCAUUAGACUACCUACAAUGUAAAGAAGACAGUAUGUAUAUAUAAAGGAAUGUAAGCGCUUCUUCGAACGACCGCGGCAGUAGAGAUUGUAAUAUGUUACACGCAAAAUUCAUAACAGUUCUAGUAUACUAGAUUGAUAUACUAGAGAUCUGAACCGCCAAGAGUGUAUUACACUCACUGAAAGAACGACGAUCGUCAACAGGAUUAAUAGUCGAUUAAUAAAAUAUAAAUGAUCAAUUAAUUUCAUUAAUCCAAAACGAGAAUAUAAUUGAUCAGCGAAUUUUUCAGAACAAAUGAUUAUUCUAUGAUAUCUUCUAAAUCGUCGACCGUCGUUCCGCGGAUUUAGAUCUACGCUUGGUUUGGUAAAAAGGCACUUUCACUCUACCGAUCCGUCUCUCUCGAUGUAAAAAAUGUAUAAUUUACAGCCUCACAAUUUUUUUGUUUUAAUGUACUUUUAUGCAUGUAUAUACAUGACACACGUAUAUAAAUACACACUCGCGGAAAUCUCGGAAAUUGCAAA